AUGACGGAGGCAGCUGAGAAACCUUCUACUCUGUGCAAAGUCUGCGAUGUUCCUAGAUACCUCCAGGUAUCCAUCUCGGGGUGGCAUGUCCCCUGGAGAUCCUGGUCCAUUGACAUUCUACCCGGAUAUCACUGUGGACCAGGACGAGCCCAAAUCGCCAAAGGGGUAACGAUCCCUCGCCCUCCAAGGUCUGCGAUGUUCCUAGGUACUUUAAGACCUCCACCUCGUUGUGGCAACUCCGCCACAAUCUCCAAGUCCCCUGGAGACGGCUCAUCCUGGUCCAUUGAAAUUCUACCGAACAUCACUGUGGACCAGGAUGAGCCCAAAUCGCCAAAGGGGUAG